CGCUGACCAAUAACCCUCCGAGUGACGACGGUAAGCGAGAAAAAUUGGGCAGCGAUGACAAUUUCAACGGUUUUAAAUUGCAGAACUUGACAGCGUGUUCUAACAAAUGCAGAGUCCACUGGGCAUGCUCCAUCUGAUCUGAGAGGAGAGCUGGUCACGGUGUGAAUAACAGGCAGUUUGGGCGUUUUUUGGGGGAGGGUUUGACGCCUUCUCAUCUCCGAUUCUCUUGGUUUUGUUCAACCACGCAGCAGAGACAACAGUAUUUCCCCUCCCUUUCAAAUAGACCGGGUGUUUUCUACCCAGCGACGCGUGAAGGCGAGGUAAAGUUCCUGAGCAGGAGAGCAUCUCUGUGCGGAGACAAAGAGCCGCCGUGUGUCGUUAGGCGCAGAAGAGGGAGCGGGCUGAGCGUCGGUGUGAAGGAGGUGAGUCUGUAGGCAGACUGGAAGCAGCGCCGAGCCUCCAUCAGGAGCUGGCGGACAGGCGCUGUCCGCUCAGCACCACCGCAGUCACCUUGCUGUGAAAGUCACAAACCUGCUCAGGAUCAAUCGGAUUAAUUACCGCAACUUGGGGAGUCCAAUGAGCCGGACUUGUUGUCUGCCGGCGGGAGGGGGAAUUUGUCAGCGUUUGUCCCUUUUAUCUCGACAUCUUGGAUUUACAGACGAUAUGACGUCCAUUCUUAAUGUGAUGCCAUUGGCUGCAAUCAUUUUGGAUUUCGAUUUUUAUACCCUCCAGUGAGUGUGGCAGCUUUAAACGUUUACGAUCCUCCAGUUGCAUGACAGGUGCUUGUCGACCCCCCCCUCCAGCGCUUAGAGUGAGUGUAGCCUGAUGCGCGUGGAGCACAUUACUUUCAUAGUUUUGUGAGAAACGACAGGUUGUUCCGCGCGCUACUUUCUUUAUGUAAUUGUUCUCCUCGCUGUAAUCACUGCUGUGCGUGGUUGCACGGGGACGCCUUAGACUUAAACUUUGCGAUGAAGGGAACUUAUUGGAGAAAUGCCUAAGGGACGCAAUGGGCCUGAGCGACGACAAGGAUCGCAUUGUGAUAAACGUGGGAGGGAUCAGACAUCAGACAUACCGCAGCACCCUGCGCACUCUACCUGGCACUCGGCUGUCCUGGUUGGCCGAGCCUGAUGCACCCAAUCACUUUGACUAUGACGCCAAGAUCGAGGAAUUUUUCUUCGACCGCCACCCUGGCGUGUUUGCACAUAUCCUUAACUACUACAGGACAGGUAAACUGCACUGCCCGGCCGAUGUCUGCGGGCCUCUCUACGAGGAGGAACUGGCCUUCUGGGGCAUCGAUGAGACAGACGUGGAGCCAUGCUGCUGGAUGACCUAUCGCCAGCACCGGGAGGCAGAGGAGGCCCUUGAUAGUUUCGGCGGGGGGGGCUUGUUAGACCUGGGGAACGAAGAUGCGGAGCCCGAGCAGGAGCAUGCCGGCGAGGAUGAUGUGGAUGAGAUGACGAGGAGGCUGGCGCAGGGAGACACUCAUGAUGCCAGGAGUGGAAGCUCGUGGAGCCGGUGGCAGAAACAUGUUUGGGCUCUGUUUGACGACCCGUACUCCUCUAAAUAUGCAAGGUGGGUGGCUCUGGCCUCGCUGUUCUUUAUUCUGGUGUCCAUCACCACUUUCUGUCUGGAGACCCACGAGGCCUUCAACCCGAUCAUCAACCGCACCGAGGUGGAGGUGGUGAACAACGUCACAGUGGUGCACACCUACCAGGAGACCGAGACUGCACUCUACCUCACCUACAUCGAGGGCGUUUGUGUGGUGUGGUUCACUUUUGAAUUUCUAAUGCGAAUAACUUUCUGCCCGAAUAAAUGUGACUUCAUUCGGAACGCCCUGAACAUCAUCGACUUUGUGGCCAUCCUGCCCUUCUACCUUGAGGUCGGCCUCAGCGCGCUCUCCUCCAAGGCGGCCAAGGACGUGCUGGGUUUCCUGCGAGUUGUCCGCUUCGUGCGGAUCCUGCGUAUCUUCAAGCUGACCCGUCACUUUGUGGGGCUGAGGGUGCUGGGCCACACGUUGAGGGCCAGCACCAACGAGUUCCUGCUCCUCAUCAUCUUCCUCGCCCUCGGUGUCCUCAUCUUUGCUACUAUGAUCUACUACGCUGAAAGGAUUGGAGCUAACCCCAACGACCCUCGAGCCAGUGAGCACACACAAUUCAAGAACAUCCCGAUCGGAUUCUGGUGGGCUGUGGUGACCAUGACCACCCUCGGCUACGGAGACAUGUACCCUAAGACGACCUCCGGUAUGCUGGUCGGAGCCCUGUGCGCCCUGGCAGGUGUGCUGACCAUCGCCAUGCCCGUCCCUGUGAUUGUCAACAACUUUGGAAUGUAUUACUCUCUGGCUAUGGCAAAACAGAAACUACCAAAGAAAAAGAAUAGGUAUAUCCCGCGGGCACCCCAACCAGGUUCUCCAAACUUCUGUAAGUCAAGCAUCAGCUCCCAACAGCCGAGCCCCAUACCCCAUGACGACGUUUUCGAGAUAAAGUUUCAAGAUUCCAAGUUGAACGGUGAGGCAGCUAACGCAGCGCUGGCCAACGAAGAUUGCCCUCAUAUAGACCAGGCCAUAUCUCCGGAGGAAAGCUUCAGCCCAAGCGAGAGAGAGCGACCCUGCUUCCUGGUCACCACUUCUGAACGCCCCAACCACACAGGGGGCAGAGUGAGGAGGGGUUGGAUGAGCUGUGGCCUGUCUCCCACGUCUGACCACGAUGAUGAAUUUCAUAUAUGAGGAGCGCACUCGGGUGCAAACGGGCAGAGGGCUGAGCGGGCAACAGAUAUCAUGAGCAGCAUGCAAUGCUCUCCGUUCCUUUCCACCUGACCUACUUGAGCACCAGAAAUAGCAGCGCUCAGGUCUCUGCUUCCAACCCUGUUUUGCUGUUUCACUGCUCCAGCCACGGCGCUCCAGACAGGAGGAGGAAGAGAGGAGAGCAUGGCACAGCAACAAAAGGUGCAGGAGGUUCACACGAGCUCUCUAUUUACUGGUUCUGCUCUCUCAUCGCAUCAACGAACUUUGUUGAAAACUUCCAUUACGACGGACACUCGGCGUUAACAAUUGCCUUAUAAUAGUGUCAUUUUUCAGUUAACUGUUCAGAUUUGGUCAGAACAUGAAAAGUGGAAGCCAUGUGCAGCGGCUCCUCUCUAAUGGAACCCUGUGCUUGUGUUUCAGUGUUCAUCUGCAGUACUUAUAUUCAGAAGAAAAGUGGGUCAGUGUUAAAAAAUGUAUGUAAAAGACUUCACUUCCAAAAUGUUUUCAGGUGCCGGGGCGGUGACUAUGUGAGAGCCGGAUGAGGAACCCAAAUAUGUCUGUUUGUUUAGUAUCAUUUAAGCAACGUGUGCAGCUGCAAUGUUCUUAUGUGGACAAAGGGAGACUGCUCGCCAAACACUAUGGAACUGGAGAAACACGCUUGUAAAUAUGGGUGUGUGGUCAAUUCAGCUCUUUUGCAGGCCUGUUGGGGUAAUUGCCUGUCAGUGAUACCCAUCUAUCCUUGCUGUAAUUACUUCCUGAUGCAAAGGCCACAGAGCAAUGAGCUGACCUCAGAAAUCCUCGGCAGCAUUACCAGAAGGAUUAAUAUUUCACACUCAUGUUAAAAUGUAAUGUAUUAGACAGUUCCCUUGCUCGUUCUUUGAUUCAAUGUGUAUUUCCAUUUCUUAUUUACUAGCGAGAGCCAGAGUCACGUCAGGACAACAGUGGAGCCUCUUGUUUCAGGCACCAGCACUUAUUGAAACCAAUAUUCUAUUUUUAAAUUCUUUCUGCUUCAUUUCUUAGAAAACGCUCCUCGACGAAUCUUUCCGACGCAGUUGUGUGUUAUGUUGCUUAUACUCUUUGAAAGUACCAUACAGAAAGAAAAUGAGAAGAGCCAAGAAAAUGUAAGAAUAUUUUUGAGAGAAUACACUCACCCACAAUGGCAAGGCUAUGUUCAGAUCCGCAUGCAAUCUGUCGAGAAAAAGAUUUGAAAUAUGUUUAAAAUGUGCGAUGAAAGCAAACAAACAAUUUAAAGACUGUAAUAUCCACCAUGUUUUUAUGCCAACAUUGAUACUGAGAUACUUUGUACCCAAAUCUUCUCUGAAACUGAAAUAAAGUUCAAUGUGUCAAAUUGUAAUCAUCCAAACUUUAAUUCAAAACUGCACACAACACGAGUGCACCAAACGCAGAAGAGCAUUAGUGAGGAUUGUGUCUGUAAAUACAUGAGACUUAUUCACAAAUGCAGGAACACACCAGAGGAGUUGAUGCAACGGUCUCAAGACAGCUGCA